GAUAACAAGCACCCCCAAGCCACCGCUAGCAUCAGAGUUGCACCGGGUGUAGUCAGCACUCAUUAGAGCCAUCCACAGGUAGAAACAGAAAGAGGCUGUUCUCUUGGCCAAAGAAAAAGGCUGGAUUUUAAUCCGAGAAAUAUUGUGGUGAAAAUUGAAAGAAAGAAUGCAUGUGGCAUCUCAAACCUUCAUCUUAAAUCUAACUCCACAGAUGACCGGAUACAAGCAGAGAGUCGAUGAGCCUAUUGUGCUUAGCCAGAACUGUAGACGUUCCAGUCUUUCAUUGAAGCUUAGACAUGGUGAAAGAAAUAUUUUAAAAAGGGAACAUAUUAAAUGUCUUCCUACUGCUUCUGUAUUAUCAGAUGCCCAAAUUUCUUCUACUCAGUUUGAGGAGUUCUCUGUCUCUGUUGCUGACAUCAAUGAUGUUAAAGAAUUGAAGAUGAGGGUAGAAGUAUCUGGAAACAAAACUCAAAGGAUCUUUGAUGAUGUCCUUAAAAAAAUGGUUGCAGCAGCACAACCGAUCCCAGGAUUUCGAAGAAUAAAAGGAGGAAAGACGCCAGAUAUACCAAAAGACAUUUUAUUAGAAGUGCUUGGACCUUCCAAAGUUUUCAAGGAAGUUAUCAAGAAAAUAAUUAACUCAACCGUAGCUGAAUAUGUGGAGAAGGAGCGUUUGAUGGUUACCAAGGACCUGAGAGUUGAGCAAAGCUUUGAAGACCUUGAAUCUACUUUUGAGGCGGGAGAAACAUUCAGCUUUGAUGUUGUAGUUCAGAUUCAAAAAUAGAAUUGAAUCACAUUUGAUCAAAUUUUAUGAGACUUUGCUCUUUCAAUGUGAUAAUUUCUCAAUGCCAAAUAUAACUCUUAUUACAAGAAAGUAUUACUAUCUCUACAA